AUGUCCACGUCCAAGAAGGCGUUCUCGGACGCAGCGAGCACGCGCGAAUACAAGUAUUCACAGGAGAUCUCGCAGAUGAUGUUCGUCUUUGGCGAGGUGCAGGACCCGAACCCGGAAACUGUAAACCUGGUCGAGGAUAUCAUCCGAAGCCAAAUAGUUGAGCUUAUUGUGCAGGCACGGGCUUUGGCUACGCGCCGGGGCGCACGGUACCUAUCCGCAGAGGACCUCAUCUUCCUUAUUCGCCAUGACCGGGCAAAGGUGAAUCGGCUGAGGACAUAUCUAUCCUGGAAGGACGUGCGGAAGCACGCAAAGGACUCUGGAGGAGAUGGAGGUGGUGGUGUUGAGGUCGAGAACCUGGAGGACGGAGCAGACGACAAGCUUACGGCCAAGGCCCAGAAGAUCACAAUCAAGCUGCCCUGGGAAAUCAUGACCAUGUACGCAGACGUCCUACAGACAGACGACGAGGAAGACGAGGAUGACAUCGAGGCGCACGAAGCCUCCGUCCUGCGUCUCAAAGAAGCCGACGAUGCAACACGGCAGAUGACACGAGAAGAGUAUCAGCACUACUCCGACUGCCGACAAGCCUCCUUCACCUACCGUAAGGCAAAGCGUUUCCGCGAGUUCCUCAACCUCCCGCCGUCGCUCGACCUGAAGCAGAACGACGACACCGUCGACAUCGUCGGCUUCCUCGCCUUCGAGAUGGUCCGCUCCCUUACAAUCGCCGGUCUGGAAGUCAAGAAGUCUCUCGAGGAGUCAUACCUGCGCGAGGGUGUGCACGCUGCGUCGCCCGUACUGGGCAAGCGGAAGGCCGUCGGCGGGCUCGCAGGGGACUCGAAGCGGUUGCGCAGGGAGGACUCCCCUGACAGGGAUAGCGACCCACCGCUUCCGACGUGCUCGCUAUUCCUUCCACCUCCCGAGGCGCGUACGGCCCUCCGACCAGAACAUAUUCAGGAUGCAUUCGGGAGGAUGCAGACCGACUGGGCUCAUCGGCGCUCAGCCGGCAUGCGCAACUGGAGAGGGGGCCUUGUUCGGACUACUGUCAGCCUCAUCUAG